GAAGCGUUGCCCCCUGGAAUGAGGGAAGGGGCGCAGACCGGAUGUAGAGGCAGGGCCUAGUUUAUGUGGGCGGAGGUUUGGCGUCGGGGCGGGCCUAGGGUUUGGUGCCGGAACCUGAAGUGUGGGGGCGGAACGUGGGCCUUGAAGUUAGUGGCCCGGGUGUGCGAGUGGGUGCACGGACAUAAAGUGGGAAGGAGGCGCGGCCUAGUGUGUGAGGGCGGAACGGGGGGGCGGGACCUAUGGCGUGAGGCGGGGUCUAGGGCGUGAGGCGGGACGGGGGGCGGGACCCGGGCGUAACCGGCGCCGGGACCGCCCUCUCGCAGUAAGGUCCCUACAUCUCUUGUUUUAACCGGACGGGAACUCUAGGGAGCGGAGUCCCGGUUACUGUCUCACCGGACUCCGGCGGCUGAGGUGAUGGAUCGCAGGCGUGGGGAGGCUUCGGGCUCGGCUCCCUCCGUCCCCGUCCCCGGGCCUGGGUUGGGGCCCACCGCCAGCUGCCCCCAGCAGGAACUGGACGACGCCGAGCUGGCGCUGGCUGGGAUUAACAUGCUGCUUAACAACGGCUUCAGGGAAUCGGACCAGCUUUUCAAAAAAUACCGGAACAACAGCCCUUUGAUGAGCUUUGGAGCAAGCUUUGUUAGUUUCUUGAACGCUAUGAUGACCUUUGAAGAUGAAAAAAUGCAGCUGGCUUGUGAUGAUUUAAAAAACACUGAGAAGCUGUGCGAAAGUAGUGAAGCAGGUGUAAUUGAAACAAUCAGGAAUAAAAUUAAAAAGAAUGUGAGUACACUGUCUGAAUUGGUAUUGGAUGUUGAACAGAUUGAAGAAGAGAUAUUGUUGUGCCUUCUUGACUGUUGCGCUUAUUUGGGAGUGUUGCUUCUGUUUCUCUCCUUCCAAAUUAAAGCAUAUAUUAAAGGUGGAUGGAUCCUCCGAAAAGCAUGGAAAAUUUACAAUAAGUGUUAUGCAGAAAUUGAUGCACUACAGAUGAUGCAUAAAAAAAGAUCUCAGGAAUCUCUGACGUCUGAUCGGGCUAAUGAUAACCAUAUUCCUGCUGUAUCUCUACAAGAAGAGUCACUAAGUAGACUGAAAGGUGCUGUCAGCUUUGGCUAUGGGCUUUUCCAUCUUUGUAUAUCAAUGGUACCUCCUAACCUGCUGAAAAUCAUCAACUUACUGGGGUUUCCUGGAGACCGUCUGCAGGGAUUAUCUUCCCUAAUGUAUGCAAGUGAAAGUAAGGACAUGAAGGCUCCAUUAGCUACAUUAGCCUUGCUAUGGUACCAUACAGUAGUGCGCCCUUUCUUUGCUUUGGAUGGUAUGGAUGCACAAGCUGGGUUGAGGGAAGCAAAAGAAAUUCUACAAACAAAGGAAGCAAUUUAUCCAGACUCCUCUUUGUUUCUGUUUUUCAAGGGGAGAAUUCAACGAUUGGAGUGUAAAAUCAACAGUGCCUUGACAUCAUUCCAAACCGCAUUAGAACUAGCUAUAGAUCAACGAGAAAUCCAACAUGUAUGCUUGUAUGAGAUAGGUUGGUGUAGCAUGAUAGAAAUGAAUUUCAAGGAUGCAUACAAGUCUUUUGCAAGGCUUAAAAAUGAAUCCAGGUGGUCUCAGUGUUAUUAUGCAUACUUGACUGCAGCAUGCCAGGGAGCAACAGGUGAAACUGACAAGGCACAAGAAGUAUUCAUUGAAGUCCAGAAGUUAUUCAGGAGGAAGAAUAAUCAAAUUGAGCAGUUUUCCUCCCGAAAGGCUGAAAGAUUCCAAAAGGAGAAGCCUACCAAAGAAUUAUGUGUCCUCGCUGUCAUUGAAGUGCUGUAUUUGUGGAAAGCACUUGCCAAUUGCUCCCCUUCGAACCUGCAGCAAAUGAAUCAAGCUUGUCAAGAAAUGCAUGAGCCAUUAACAAUUGGGUUAAAACACCUACUCCUUGGUGCAAUACACAAAUGUCUAGGAAAUUCAGAUGGUGCUAUUCAGUUCUUUCAGCUAGCCAUAAAGGAUGAGUUGAGUCGUCAGAACAGUGCAUACAUACAGCCGUAUGCUUGUUAUGAACUUGGAUGUCAGUUAUUAGAAAAUCCAGAGACUUUGGAUAAAGGCAGAACUUUACUGUACCAAGCCAAGGAAGAGUUUGCUGGUUAUGAUUUUGAAAACCGUCUUCAUGUGCGUAUUCAUACUGCAUUAGCAUCAUUGAAAGACGCUAUUCCACAGUGAUCUUUGCCAAAUAGAAGUCCUCUUCAGUGCACAAGUGAUUGAACAUAAUCUGUUCCUGCACUUUAUGCUGUAACUACAUGGCAAAGGAAAUAGUGGUUGGCCUGAGCUCAUGAAGGCCGCCUUAAACCUAAGCAUGUAGAAUGUCUUUGGACGCAUAGGGGCAGUUUCACUGAUAAAUAAGAUGCAUUGAAGCUGUUGCUUCUUUAUUAUAGGUAGUUAAACAGGAGCAGGCUUAGGGAUUCCAAGGAUCAUCCAGUGGCCUUGCUUUUUUUCCACCAGUUUGAUUGCGGUUCAACUGACACCUGACUGUAAUAUCAGUGCAGUUUAACAAAGCACAGAACCCAUUUACAUCACCUGGGCAGAUUCUGAAUGUGCUUUGUUUAAGGUAGCAGAAGGUCAGGAAGGAAAAAGUGUUCAUGGCUUUUGCCUGUUAAUAGCCAUAUUUUUGUUGCACUAAUUAUAUUUUUAAUUUGCCGAGAUUUUACAGCACUGUUAUUUUCAGAUAUGUAAAAUAUUGUUAGCACUUUUUAAAUUCUCUUUUAUAUCAGACCCCACAGAACACCAGCAGCAAAGGACUUGAGUUCAUUUCUGCUCAGGGUCAUUUGUUAAUUAUGAAUGAAAGGUGCAGUAUCUGCAAGGUCUUUUUAUUUAAAAGCUUCUUCAAACCUGUGAUGCCGCUACACUAAGAUGUUGUUUGAGAUCUUCUGGUAUACUUUUUAAAAAAAAAAAUCCAAAUACCUCAGUUGUAGAUCAGAUGCAAGAGAAACAAAAUAAGUUGUAAAAAUUCAUACAUUUUUAAAGAAAAUCUUGGAAACAAGAUAAUGGACAAAUGAAAUUGUCUUGUAGCAUCUCAGCAUCUCUUUAUCUACUGGUCAUUUUUUUGUCAUAUGAUGGUAUUUGUAUCUGCUCUUAACAGGGUAAAUAAGAUUUCAUCCUAUUAGAUGAUGCCUAUGAUAUAUUUAUCAAUGGACCAUUAUCUGGGAGGUGAGAACCACUGAAUAAGAACCUAUCACCUGGAUGCAGAUGUCACCUGAAAAUACUACCAUGUUUGGUGUUAAAGUGUAUUUUUUUUAAAAAAAUUCUGAGGCAUGAUCUAAUAGUAAUAAAAUCAAAAAUAAUAUGGUUCCUGAAUUCUGUAUAACCUUACGUGGCUUGUCCAACAGCCGUGAAUGUUUAUUGCACCAGGUUUCCCCGCUUCCUGAAGCUGUUGACUCUUUGCUGCGUUAUGAUUCCAUAGGCACUGGUUGCCGGCUGAUACCUUGUCCAACUGGCACAGACAUGAGGUCUUUCUGUCUGACUAAGCAGCUCACCUGAACUGUUGCUGGUUAUGUUGGAUUAUUUAUUUAUUUCUGAAUUUUCAGGUUGUUGCUCAGCAAAUGAUUUUAUUUGUGAUUUAGAGCCUUGUCCUGUGUUUCUAAACUUAAGAUCGUGGGAUUUAAGUCCCCUUACUUAGAUAGUAGUAUAAUUCUAUAAUGUGGCAAUUUCUGUUUUAUUUUAACAGUAAAAUUAAAUAACUGAGUUGUCUGACAUUGAGUAAUGUGAUAAACUAAAUGUGAAUCUUCUAAUUUGAUUACAUUGGACAAUGUUAUCAACAGUUUUGCUCCGGUACGCACGUUACUCAGGGGACGGAAAGUUUUGAAAUUACAAAAAUGUUAAUGAACUGAUGUAAGUUACUCAAUGGUUUAAUGUGUCCCUGGUUGUAGUAACAGUAUUUCAUAAACAGAGGAACUUGCAAUUGACAAGUGACUUGAUUCUAGAAAGAUCUAGGCCUUAUAAAUGUUCUGCCUGCCUAUCACUCACUGUUACUGUAAUGCUGUUUAAGACUGGGAUUGAGAACUGAGUCUUUUCAUUGUGUACAAGUGGAAAUGUUGACUAACUGGAUGGUGAGGAAAUCUCACUGUAUUUUUCACUGUCUGUAGACUGCUAUUACUCUGCUGUAUUAAAAAAAGACUUGUGUCCGUA